UUAAUUUCCAUGGUUUUAUUUAUUUAUUGCUUAGUAAGCAAAGGCAUUUACUGUCAACAAACCAGAUCCAAUUUUAAACUCAAUAAUUAUUUUUUUUUAUAAUCCAUAUUUUUUAUAUAAAUUCUAAUAACGGAAGUUAAAAAAAUAAAUGGCGUGCACUACUAACAUAAAGCCAAAAAUUAAAGUACGCGUGCGGAAUGUCUGGUAUGAACCAGAUUUGUCUCCCGAGGGCAUUUAUCUUUGUCCCAUGCCUCAGCCGCCGCCAGUGCCAAAAGGUGUAUUGUGGUUUACAAACUUGAAGCCACACGAAAGACUAUUCUAUCAUCAGACCUUGAAUUCCGUGCGAAAAAGUAAACGUUUCAUUGCAACACCAGAAAUACCACGCGAUUCAUUGGAUUUCCAGUUGCAAGCGCGUUACGAUCAUUCCCGUGAAGUAUUUCCAGAGCGUGUAGAUACAUUGUUGCAGCGAGAAACAUGUCCUUACCAAAGGAUUGAAGGCUGUGGACCUGAUAGUAUAGUCGAACUGGCAACCUUUCGUGUAUUAAAAAAUGUUAAGGCAGUGGAGUUGCCUUCAAGUGACCAGCAAGAUCAUCCUUUGAAAAUUGGUGGUAUGAAAGAGAAGAUUUCACCACAUAGUGUUAAAUUGAUCAAUAGUGGCGUGCAUACUCAACUGGUGAACAACGGAUUUUCAAGACAGACAGGAGAUGGAAAUUUCUUUCGUUAUUAGCAAUUAUCAUUACUGUAUCAUGUACCAUGGACUUAUUAAAGAGUUUAUUAAGGUAAUGCAAAUAGAUUUCACCUUCUAAGGAUGGCCACAUUGUAAUUAAAAA